GUUUAGCGGGGAAAUCCCAAUUAUUGUGAAAUUUCAGUGCGAGAACACAUUCAUUAUUCACGACGACAAUGGAGGAGGACCAGUUGACGGCAAUGACGCCGGCGCAGAAGAAGCUGUUCGAGGUCCGCAUGAAAAUGAACGCGGGGAGGAAGGCCAACAAGCAGGAGGUGGCGGCGGAGCACGAGCGUGCCAAGAACAAUAAUAACAAGGCCAAGAAGGAAGAGCAGUACAAGAAAAGAGAGGAAAAGAAAUUGGUAGCAGCGAGUGGUAAAGCUCACCUUAAUGAGACAGCCGAGGUGGCUGAAAUGAAAACAAAGAAGGCCAGCAAGAAGGAGAAGCGGAAAGCUGCCUUUGGGUGGGACGUCUUUAACCAAGACUCAUUGUACAAGGGUUACAAGAAGCGACUCGUGAACUUGCCCACGUCAGCAGAGCCUGCGACAGCCGUGGCUACAACAAGUGAAGAUGCACUUGGUGACGAACUGGCUUACGGCAGGGACGACAAAGUCGAGGAGGCAAACGUGGAACGCAUGGCACAGGAACUGGAGGAACGUAUCAAGGCGCGCAAGAAAUUCAGCCGCAGGCGCCAGCAUUACGAGGGUGAGGACGUCGACUAUAUCAAUGGCCAGAACCGCAUCUUCAACCGCAAGGCGUCACAGGCCUUCGACAAGUACACAGUGGAGAUUCGGCAGAACCUUGAGCGGGGCACUGCGCUAUAGUCCUGUUAGCGGUCAUUGGCUGACAGCCAACCAUAAAUUCAAUUCAUUUUUCAUUAUUUUGGCUCGUCA